AGAGUUGCAGAGUUAAAAGGCACAAAGCAGGCAGUAACUGCUUCAGCUGCUAGCACAUCAUCUCUUCCUGUCAAGAGAAAAACUGUUGACACAGAAGAUGUGGAGUUGAAAAGAGUAAAAGGUACAGAGGAGAAGCCGCAUACGUCUACAUCUGGGCUCCCAGCAGAUUUUUUUGAUGCAACGGAGCAACAUAGUUCAAAGGAACAGCUUCUAAAGCGUCCAGGUCCCAGUUUAUUGUCAGGAAAUUACGAUGAUGAUGAUGAAGAGGAUGAACAAGAUCAAUCAAACAAAUCUUCUGUUGCACAUAAAACUGAAGUUCCACCUCCAGCACAAGAAGUAAUAGCUAAUUCUUUGCCUGCAGACUUCUUUGACAGCAAAACUACAGCUGCCUCUGUAGUUUCCCAUUCAGGAUCCAUACAGAAAGCAGAGAUACAAGAAAAGAUAGUGGAAAGGAAAGAAAACACUGCUGAAGCUUUGCCAGAAGGCUUCUUUGAUGAUCCUGAAGUGGAUGCAAAAGUGCGAAAAGUCGAUGCUCCAAAGGAUCAGAUGGACAAAGAAUGGGAUGAAUUUCAAAAGGCAAUGCGACAGGUCAACACGAUUUCAGAAGCAAUAGUGGCAGAAGAGGAUGAGGAGGGACGACUAGAUCGUCAGAUUGGAGAAAUUGAUGAGCAGAUUGAGUGCUAUCGCCGUGUCGAGCUGUUGCGGAACCGCCAGGAUCUGAUGAAGGAGAAGUUAAAGGAAGCCAUGAGAUUAAGAGCGAUGCAGGAGAAAGAUGAUGAGGCUGUUGGCAGUGAAGACGAAGAGGAAUUGCAGGAUUUGCUGUCCCAAGACUGGCGGGUGAAAGGGGCUCUGUUGUAGCAUUUCUGCCAUGUGGUUGAUAGUCUCUUUAUCUGUGAUGUUACUUCCGUUGUCAGAAGUGAGACGCGUUUGUUAAAUAUUUAUUUAAAGAGGAUUGUGAGAUAGUAAAGAACCAAAUGUAUUAAAAAGAGCCAUCUUUGUAGAUCUACAAUGGUGUACUACUUGCUGUAAAAAAUGUAUAUUGCAAAAGUUUUACAAUAUCAAAUGUACCUUUCUUAUUAAAAUUAUUGGUUUCCUAC